AUGGCUGAGUCAAUUCGACUGCAGAAGACGGUGUUCAUGUGUGCUCCAAGUGGGUUUAUCAGCAUAGCUCUGGAUUCCAAUGAUGAUUUUUCUCAGUUAAUCAGAGCCAUCUUAUCAGAACCAGACCAGCUGCAGCAUCUACUAGAUAUUGGCCUGGAUCCAAAUGCAACAAAUGAUAAUGGGGAUACAGCGCUCAUGUUGGCUGUUAGAGCAGGUAACCUACAGAUGGUUAAAGCUCUGUUGAGACACGGGGCAGAGGUCAAUGCCCAGAACCAGCAGUUGGAGACAGCCUUGAGGUUGGGGGCAUCACAGGGCAGACUCGACCUGGUCCAGACGCUUAUUAAACAUGGGGCGGAUGUCAACAAGGCAGAUGGCAAGGGCACCACGCCCCUCAUUGCAGCGGUCAAGGGGCGGUACAAAGAAAUGGUGCGACUUUUGGUCAGUUCUGGAGCUGUUAUUGAUCAUUCUGACCAGUAUGGUUUGACCGCUGUUUCGCAUGCAGUCAGUCAGAAUGACGUCCAGCUUCUGGAGAUGUUGCUGGAUGCUGGAGGGAAUCCUAAUGCCACUGACAGGUAUCGCUGCAAUGCUUUGAUUCGAGCAGCAGACGCUGGUCGAGAUGCAAUCGUGCAGAGUUUGUUACUGCACGGAGCUGAUGUCCAUGCCCCAACGAAAUAUGGCGACACAGCCCUGAUAUUUGCCAGCCAGUUUUGCCAAGCCAGCACAGUGCAGCUUCUGAUCCAGUGUGGAGCCAAGGUAGACCAUGUCAACGAUCGAGGAGAAACAGCCUUGCUGUGUGCCGCUGAUAGAGCCAAGGCAGAUGUCAUUGAGGUCCUGGUUAAUGCAGGUUCAAACCCCAACCAUCAGAAGUGGGAUGGAAACACAGCGCUGAUGUGUGCUGCAAGACGAGGCUGUGAUGUGGUCCGGGAGAUUGUUAAAUCUGGAGCCAUUCUUGACCUUACCAAUCAUUCUGGUAACACCGCUUUGAUAAUUGGUGCCACCUGGGGGUCGUUUGAUACAGUGGUCUGCCUGGUAGAGGCCGGAGCACAGAUUGAGGUGAGGAAUAAUGAAGGAGAAACUGCAGUUAUGAGUGCAGCUCGAUGCAAUAGGAACAGAGCUGUUGUGUAUCUGUUGAGGUCUGGGGCCAAAGUGGACCUUAUUCACAAUGACACAACACUCAACACUGUGUUAAUGUAUGUUUGUCGUUUCUGUCUUCUAGACACGAUAAUUUUCCUUCUACACUCCCGGACCCCAGACGACUUGCUUAUUAACCAUGUAAAUAGGUCAGGUCAUUCUGCAUUAACAUAUGCAUGUGUGUCAGAUAUGUUUGAAGCAGUGCGCCUGCUCCUGGCAGCUGGUGCUUGUGUAAAUGUCCGCACCAACACAGAUGACACGCCAUUGACGCUCGCAGCUAAACACGCCAGCUUGGGAGUUGUUAGAAGCUUAGUAGAGGCUGGUGCACUUGUGAAUGCCUCAAACAAAGAAGGCUUUACAUGCUUACACAAUGCGGUCAGACGAGAUAAACCAGAGAUUGUUGAAUAUCUACUUUCAAAAGGUGCACAUGUGACUUCUGAGAUACACCUGGCCACAUGGUUGGGCAAUCGUAAACUUGUGCAAAUCCUGGUGCAAAAUGGCGCAGCCCCCAGCAUCCAAUCCAUACACAACUUGCUCGUCAGAUGUGAUUUACAGUCGUCAUCUAGUCUUCGGAACUCACUGAAUGCCAUGUCAGUUGACAAUAUGCCAUGCUACUGGGGUGAGCAGUCGCCUUUAUGCCUGGCACUACAACAAGGUCUGGCUGAUGUAGCCAGAUUUUUUAUCCAUAACUGGUUUUUAAGCUGGUUUGACGUUGUUUCGUUGCCAUUCUUGUUGGAAAUUCAUGGUUAUUUGGAAGAGAAAAACCUGAAGGAUUGCAUUCAUAUUCUGGAUACUCUAUCCUCUCAGCCUUGGAGGUUGAAGACUCUGAGUUUUGUCGCCACGUCUGCAAGGGUAGGCUACGGGCCUGACAGAGCUGAGAACAUCCGGAGAACACAUUUGCCAGACUCUUUCCAGAGAAGACUUCAGUUCAGGGAUAGUUCUGCUUAUGUUUUAGAGGAAGAUUGGAAGUUUUUGGAUGUGUGUUUUUGA